CGUGGCCUCGCCAGCUUCUGUUUAAGGUCUAUUUUGUUCCUGAGACGGUUGAUGCAAUUAAAUUCUGGCUGAUCUGUCGGAAGCUCCCAGCCGAAUGUCUCGCAAAAUCACCGUAUUGGUUAUUGGCGCGGGAAACAGGGGCAAGAAUUAUUCUUCGUAUGCUUUAUGUUACCCGGAACGCAUGAAGGUGAUUGGCGUAGCUGAUCCUCGGGCGCUUGUCCGUCAAAAACUGCAAGACGCACAUAAAAUCCCGGCAGAGAAUGUCUUCGACGAUUGGAUUGCCGCUGCGGAACGAGCAAAGUUUGCUGACGCCGUGAUUAUAGCAACUCCAGACAGACUCCAUAAGGCACCUGCUGUAGCUUUUGCCCAAAAGGGAUAUCACAUCUUGUUGGAAAAACCCAUGGCGGUGACGGAAGAAGAUUGUAAAGAGGUCGUCCGGGCGUGCGAAAGUAAUCACGUGAUCCUUGCCGUGUGCCACGUGCUCCGUUACCAUCCGGUCACCCUGAAGAUCAAGGAAUUGCUAGAUGCCGGCUUGAUCGGCGACAUCUGCCAUAUUCAACAUCUGGAACCGAUAGGUUUCUGGCAUUUCGCCCAUUCUUUCGUCCGGGGAAAUUGGAGAAACGAAACCGAAAGUUCUUUCUCUUUAUUGGCUAAAUCCUGCCACGAUAUCGACCUGAUCAAUUUUUGGAUGGGGAGUAAAAGAUGUUUACAAGUUUCCUCUUUCGGCCACCUGUCACAUUUCACGAAAGAGCACAAGCCUGAAGGAGCUGGCACUCGCUGUUUGAACUGUUCAAUUGAACGGAACUGCCCGUAUUCUGCUCGGAAAAUCUACCUGGAGCGUGCAGAAAAGGGUGCUUUUCACUGGCCAGUCUCCGUGGUCUGCAGCAACGGCGAGUCUGACAUAGAAACAUUGACCGAAGCUUUGCGGCUCGGCCCGUACGGAAGAUGCGUUUACGAUUGUGACAAUGACGUGGUCAGCCACCAGGUGGUCAAUAUGGAAUUCGAAGGCGGGGCGACAGCUGCGUUCACGAUGGUCGCUUUUACUGAAAAACUCGGGGUGCGGACGACAACCAUUUAUGGAACGAAGGGUGAGCUUUCCUGCAAAGGGGAGGGAGAAGACGUGGAAAUUUUCGACUUCCUUCAGAAAAAAAGGACCUCGUUUUCUUCCCAUACGACGCCCGACAUCCCCGUUUGUUUAAACGGUCACUGCGGCGCGGAUUAUUAUCUGAUCCACAACUUCGUCUCGGCCGUAUCGGAAAAUGACCCAUCUCGAAUUCCGACCAGCGCUGAAGAGACACUCCGUUCUCACCUCUUGGUGUUCGCAGCUGAAAAAGCUCGGAGAGAAAAUCGAGUGGUGGUUAUAGAAACAGGACGGGAAAACUCGCACUCGCAGCCAGCACGCGGCGAAUGACUACAGAACCUCUGCCAGGAGGGGACUGGCUCAAAACACCCUUCCCCAACCUUUCUACAGUGACUUUCUCUGCGACCACCACACCUAUCGUCCGCGCUACCCAGCGAGACCCCGAGAUGGCGGCCGCUGCCAUCUCAAAACGUCCCCGUUUCAGAAAAAUAUUAUGUUCCGUUUUUCUACGGAAAAUGUGCUUUCUCUGGGAAAGACUUACUAAAAACUGCAGAAAAUUCAUAUUUAUUUACAAUUCCGCUAAACAAUGCCGCAGCACAGCCGCGACCCUCCUGAACCGACUUUGCGCCGCAUCGAAUUCAAACUUUUGUGGGAUUCGUUUUAAAUUUGGGAUUUAAUCGCGCAAAAAGCCGCUCGGGUUAGGAAGACACGAGUUCCGGGUUGUGCGAAGCCGGCCUGUUGUUUGGGGUGCACGACGAGGUUUGUGCGCCUCUUUUAAAAGACGGGAGCCAACUUU